CGGCUCGAGCGCGAUGGCGGACGACAAAAACAAGAACAAGCUAGUGGAUGAUGAUUAUGGUCACCGACAGUAUGUCCCACGACCACUGUGUGAACAAACAACAUUUAGUUGUAACAAAUUACUACUCUUCUUGUAUCAGUUGCUCUACUUGUUUGUUGGGUUGGGGCUGUUUAUCCUCGGAGUAUUCACGGAGUUGGAGAGACAGAACCACCGACACCUCAACAAUUCUCUCUCCUUGCCUGUUGCCCUUGUCAUGUUUGUGGGACUUUUCGUGGCCAUCAACGCAUUUGGUGGCAUAUACGGCACACUGAAGGAGAAUUCUCUACUCCUCAAACUUUUCUUGUCCUUCACCGUGAUCGCAUUUGUUGUACAGGUAGCCAUCGGAGUUCUGGCCUACAUCUAUAAACGAAGGGUGGUGAGUAUGGUGAGGCCCGACCUGAUGUUUGGAGUAGAGGCAUACUCAGACAGUACAGAGAUUACUGCUGCCAUGGACACUUUACAGUCAACAUUUGGCUGUUGUGGUAUCACAUCCUUCCAAGAUUAUGAGACGAACCCUAAUUUUGCGUGUACAGCGGGAAGUUCAGUCCCAGAAGCCUGUGGUGUACCCUCCUCCUGUUGUACGCCACAAGGGCUUAGUGACUUUGGGGAGGAAAUGUGUGGCCAAGGUGUCCGUCUGAACACUACAUCACCAACUGGUCGGGUGUACAUCGAUGGAUGUGUAAACUCUUUCACCUUCCUUCUCAGCAGUAGACUUGAUCUGGUUGGAGCCUUUGCUCUUGGAUGUGCCAUUCCACAGGUGAUUGGAUUCUUGUUGACAUACUACUUUAUUCGACGUGUGGAAAACAAUCGAUGUUGGUACACAGCUACCAACAGUGACCUCUACCAGGCUUUGUAGGUCAUUCUCCAGCUCCAAACAUAGGCUAGAGGAUUGCCAUAGAUCUCUAUAUCAGACACUGAUAUUUAACACCUGUUUUGGAUUGGUAACCAUAGACGAAAUGCCCUAACAUGGCAUGAUGUCACCAUGACAAAGAUACAUUUUUUGCUAAAUCUUGUGAUUAAAAUACAUCUGUAUUGAAACACAAGAUCAAAUGUUAGUAUUUUAAGAUCUUUACCCUCUUUCUUUUCUAAUACAAUUCUUUUUUUCUUACUUAAAAUGUACAUUGAGAUUUUGACUGAGGGUGAUCCUGUUUCUAGCUCCACUUCCAACGAGGUAGAAUCUUGUUGAGUUUAUAUUCUGUAUUGAUACAGUAUAACAAUAGAAUCUCAUAUAACUGAGGAGGGAGAUACUUAGCACCUAGUUUAUAACACUUAAAUAGUUUAAUUAUUCGGUACAUGUAAUCACUAAUGCAAAUCACUUAAGAUAUUUUUAUAUUGAGAACUGAAUAACUUACAAAUUUCUUUUAGUAUCACAAUGAUUAUUUGUGUAAUUGAUUUAAGAAAAAAGAAUUAAUGGAAAUGGAGCUGUCUAUCAGUUUCCAGUGUAAAUGUGUUUUACUAGGUCACCUGAGACUUUGGUCACAUGAGAAAGUGACCUAUUCUAAUUGCUUUUUGUCUGGUGUCGUGCGUCUGUAAACAAUUUACAUUUUCACUUCUUCUACAAGAAAUCCAAGAACCAAUUUUUAUGAAAUUUGGCAGAAAUCUUCCAUUGCCAAAGGUCAACCAAAAUUGUGAAUUAUAUGGUCCCCACCACUCAGGGGACUUAAGGGUAGGGCAUAAAGGGGUCAAAAUGACUGAAAUUUCAAAAAUCUUCUCAAGGUCCAAAUAAAGAUGAAAGGGUCUUAAGGUGUUUUACCAAAUUUGUGAAUUUCCUGACCCUUGGGUCUCACAUUUGCCCCUGGAGAAGGGUUAAACUUUGCUACAGUUUAUAUAAGGAAACCACAUUUUUGACUAUCAUUUGUUUGAUAUCUAUUGGAAUUCAUUCUUACUAGGUUAACAUUAUCAGCAUGGGAUGACAGUUAGAUGGUAUGUACAUGUUGGCCCUGACUGACCACUUGGGGCUGCGGGGUCAAAAAGGGUCAAAUUGACUGAAAUAUUUCAAAGCUCAGGUGACCUUUAAGGCCCAUGGGCCUCUUGUUAUGAUUGAGCUAGAAGUUAUGGGUAAGGGGAGAUAGCUUUCUCCACUGAAAUAACUGCCAAAAUGUUAAUACGUUCAUAUUGUUAUGUUUAAUGUAGUUUUCAUACAGAUCUGGGUUUUUUUCUAUUAAGUAAUUUUGCCGAAUCUCUAGUUUUUGUACGACAUACUCUGAUGGACUUUGUACGGACUGACAGUUGUAAAUGUACAGGAGUAUUAUACUGAACACAACUUAGCUUCGGUCCUGAUGACAUAACGAUUAUGAUAGAAGUUGUAUGACCAAUAUGAUAUUUAAGAGUGUGACGUUUCAAUGUCUACACUUUCACCUUCAUCAGACUAAUGAUGAAUGUGAAGCGAACUAGCACUGUUUUAUGUAGUGUCUGAGAUGGUGAAAGAUCUGAUCUACUCUGAAGGAUGUUUUGUCUUUAUCAUGAUCCUGUUGACACCAAGUUCGAAAAUAGUGUGACGAGAUGGUAAAAAUAAAAUAGCAUCAGACGAGUGUACGCGAUGGUAUGACGAAUCGGCUACGCUUUGUUUAAAACUUGGUCCUAGAUGUGCGAGAUGGCCUCCCUGAUCAGUCUACUGGACAGGUUGUUUACCCUAUCGACAAUUUUUGGAUUACCCCAGUCAAUUAUGUGGUUUUGCUGCACAGAAUGGUCUGUAAGAGCCGAUUUGUUGAGCUUGGACCGAGAUUGUUUCCUUUCUAAUUUGGUGAUUUUUUUCCUCUUGGGAUUCCAUGUCUUUCUGGUGUUCGUUAAGUCGGACCCCAUAUCUUCUGCCCGUUUCUCCGAUAUAUGAUGUGUUGCAGUUCUUGUGUCCUAUUUUGUAUAUACACUCGGCGACAUUCUCUUUAGGCAUUUUAUCCUUUGAGUGGACUAGGAUAUUUCGGAGAAUCUUGUAAGGUUUCAUGGCUGUAGCAAUCCCAUAACCACGAUAAAUUCUCUGGAUGGUUUCUGACAGGCCUUUGAUGUAUGGAAUAUAUAGCUACCUGUCCUUUGGUUUUGUUCUUUUCUUUGGUGUUCCUCCUCCUGGUCUUCUCUUUAAGCUCGUUAACGUUAUGGAUUGAUCAGUUGGGGUAUUCACAUCUUUUUACAGCGCUCUUGAUGUGAUUUUGCUCGUGUUUCUUGUUUUGAUCUUCCGUGAAAAUCGUUUAACAUCUGUUGAGAAGGGUUUGUAUGACGCCCAACUUCUGGUGUAAGGGUCGAUUCGAUCGGAAGUUGAGGUAUUGGUCCAUGUGAGUCUUUUUUCUAUAGACCAAUACUUCGAUAGUACUGUCAUCUUUUCCUAACCAGGAGAGUGAGGAGACAUGGCAUAGUAUCGUCUUUAUCUUCUUCACAGGUGAACUUGAUGCUGUUGGUGGUAUCUACAGUGUUGAUAUGUGCUGUCAAAUCCUUCUGUGACACCUUCUUCACUAUUUUUAAACUGUCAUCAACAUAUCGUUUCCACAGACUAGGUUAGCAUUCCAUAGGGACCGUGACUAUAGCCUCCUUUUUUAAGUGCUCCAUGAAUAAGUUAGCCACAAUCGGAGACACUGGACUGUCCCAAAAUGCUGCCGAUAGAUGUUAUCUUGGAAAACAAAAUAUAUUGUUGUGAGUACAAAUUCUAGCAAAUCCACGAUGUCUUGGAUAUGGAGAUAUCGUAGAUUUUAAUACACCUGCCACUUGUGAUCUCAGCUGAUCCGCCUCGGGAUAGCUCAAUUUCUUACACGCAUGUUCUGUGGCUACAAUAAAAUCAACUGGAGUUUUGUUUGUGACGAUGGCAUCGUUCUAACCCUUAGGUAGUAGAGUUUUGUCGUUAUCUGUAAGCCGUUUGUUAGAUUUGUUAAUUACCCACUUAUUUAACAUUAUUUCACUCAGUUCUCCAAUUGUGCUAUUAUUCGUAGUCUUUCUGUCCUAUGUUUCAACUUCUUCAAAUGGCGUUCUUUAGUGUUCUCAAGUGUUAAACAAAGCAUAGCUGAUUCGACUACAGUACGUCAUACUAUCUAGUACACUUGUUUGAUUUCAUUUUAUUUUCACCAUCUCGUCACACUAUUUUCGAACUUGAUGUCAAUAGGAUCAUGAUAAUGACAAAACCUCCUUCAGAGUAGAUUGUCACACUCUUAGAUAUAAUAUUGGUUGUGUCAUAUAACUACUAUCAUAUUUACUUUACCAACCUGGAGAUAAUGUUCCAGGACAUUACAGUCUGACUAAACAUUGUGAUAUGGACAUUGUAACUUUAGAAAGUACAAUGUUACAUUUAAUGAUACAAAGUGAAAUACCUUUAAUAUGAGUGUUAUUACCUAGCUAUAUAUAGUUUUCCUUAUAAACCAAAUAACAUUAUUUUAUUGGUGCUCCAUCAUUGUAAUUUACACAGUCUAGGUAGCCAUGUAUUGUAGAUAUAUACCCUGAAUUACGAUGUUCUACUGUAUAUUAAAGUGGAUGUUUUCUUAAAAAAUUUUUAUUUGUGUUGGAAAUACUCGUGUUAUCCAUAACAGUACCAGGUUAAAGUGUGUUAGUUCCUAGAAAAACAGAAAUACAAACUACUUCACCUGUAAUAUAGAGAUCUGCUAACAGAAUGUUUCAGAGAUAAAUUAUAGAGACCCCAUACCUGAUAUACAUAAACUGCCUCCUAUCGUACCUGGUAUGGUAGUUGAGAAAAACUCAAUAAAUCAGAAUUGCAUGAAUUUGAAUGUUUUGAGCGACAGACCGCUAACCUAUUCAAAAUUGCACACACACGUCAGAUUUGACAGGUUGGCCACUGACCUUUUAAUUCAUGUGAAGGAAGCCCAGUAUUUUAUUCCUGUAUUUAUGGUAUAUAUUUCAUUGUUUUUGAGAAAUUGGAAAGUGCUUUAUGUAAUGUAUUUUGCUCAAUAUAAAUGUAGAUUGUGUAAUAUUUUGUUCUGUUUCCGUGAGAUAUGUAUUAUCUAGGAAUGGUUUUGUAAUAUUUUGUUCUGUUUCCGCGAGAUAUGUAUUAUCUACGGUAUGGUUGUGUAAUAUUUUGUUCUGUUUCCGUGUGAUAUGUAUUAUCUAGGAAUGGUUUUAUAAUAUUUUGUUCUGUUUCCAUGUGAUAUGUAUUAUCUUUAGUAUGGUUGUGGAAUUAAGUGCUGCCUACUUUUGGUCUCAAAGACAUUUUAGCAUGUAAGGUUUUUAGCAUCUGAUGAUAAAAUGUAUACUGCGGAUCGAGUUCUGUUGGAAUAUUUUGAAACUUUGCGGCUAUUAUCUCCACACAAAAUUUUGUUGAUAAAACUGUUUAGUGAAAUGCGUUUUCUGACCUCCUUUUUCUGUCAUUGAUUUUAUUUUUACAUUUUAUGGGGAGUAGAACAGAGAUUUACUAAGCAUCUUAAGGUACAAUUUUCAUCGUAACCUUAAGUUACGUUAAAUCUCCGUCUUACUAAACUUUGUAUCUUAAGUUACGCAUAAAAAAACAUUGUAACUUGCGACUCUUAAGUUAAGAAUUUUCUUAAUUGAUGCAUCAUAGUUAAGCAAAAAUAGGAAAAUUCUCUCGUUCAUGAAAAAUGGCUGCAUCCAUUAUUUUUAACACACUAAGAGAGAGAAAACUUGUCAUGCGAGCAAGUUUUUAGAGACAGAACCCAAGUUCUUGACACAGUAACCAACUCUGAACUAAUACAGAGGUGUAGGUUUCAUAGACAGGUCACUUUUGUUUAUGAAAAAUUUGAAUUAUUAAAAGUCUUGCCAUCAAUAAUCAAUCCUUGAUGUAUCAAAUAAUAGGCCUAAAAGGGAUAAACAGCACAUUGUUACCACCUUUGAUUUUUAGAUAUCAAACAAUCUAAUUUUCUUUAUAUAAAAAAUAAACUUUUGAUUCUUGUUCACAAAUAAUAAAAUAUAGAAAUUCAUCAAAUUGAUAAAACUUUUUUGCAGUGAAAUAUAAGACCUGCAUUAAAAAUUGGUUUUACAUUUUUUUUACCAAAUGUAGCGAACCUUUAUAUUCACCUCAUCGAAACUUGCAGAUAUUUCAAAUGGAAACAAAGAUAUAUGGGUUAUUUUGCUGUAUUUCUGAAAGAUUCAGACUAGUUUUUGACAAAAUACUUACUUAACAUUAGCUUUUCAUGCACAGAUUCUCUGAUAACAGCAGAAAAUACUUAAAUUGCAUUGAUCAGUCACCUCAUGAACUAUGUUACUGAUUCCCACACUUUUUGACACUAUUAAUUUUUUUAAUGUUUUUAGUUUUAUUUUUAGCAUAAAAAUGCAAUAAAAGAAAAUUGAAUGGUUUCCCUUUGAAUAUGACAUAUAUUACUCGUAUAACAGGCCACAUAGGCUAAAGUGAAACUAGCGAUUACACUUGCGUGGCAUUUUUACUCAGAAGAAUGAUCUGAAUCUUACAAUGUACCUCAAGCAUGCGAAAGUUCCAAAAUCAUAACUUACGAAAUCUUCCUAAGUUAAGUUUAUGAUGAAAACUUACAAACACUUUAGGCAAAUCUGAACUCAAGCGUGUACUUAAGAAAAUCAUAAGUUGAAAUUGUUUUUGCAUCACUUAUGAUGCUUAGUAAAACUCGGUCCAGGGCUGUCAGAGUUAGUGUACCGGAACUCGUUAUACAAAGAAGUGUCCAUAUUAUUUUUAUAUUUUUUUUUUUAUCCUGUAUCAUCUUGUGAAUUUAAUUAGUUAACUUUUAUUAUCAGCUGGUUAAUGGGUACUUCUAUAUCUUCUCUUUGUUUUGACUUAGAAUGGAAUUAUACGCUUUUCCUGUUUGUUGCAUUCCAGUUAUAGAUAAGUAUUUAUGUAUUGAUAGACAGCCCUUGUCCUUCUGUUUAGAUUGACAUUUCAUAUUGAGUGAUUACAUUGUAUCCAAGCCAGUAUAUAUUGGUAAAAGUUAUAAUUUUUGACAAUUAAUUGGUAUACAUAUUUCAAACAUGAUAUUAGAUGACAGUUGAUGGCUUUAAAACCCAGAAUAAGAUUGGCAUCGUACAGAUAUUGUUUUCUUUAGAAUAGAAAGAUCUCGUAAGGGGAUCUGUAACCAUCUGGUAGUGUCGUAUCACAAAGAUCUUGUUCAGUGAUCCGUAACCACCUGGUAGUGUCGGUACCACAAAGAUCUGGUUCAGUGAUCUGUAACCACCUGGUAGUGUCGGUAUCACAAAGAUCUUGUUCAGUGAUCCGUAACCACCUGGUAGUGUCGGUAUCACAAAGAUCUGGUUCAGUGAUCCGUAACCACCUGGUAGUGUCGGUCACAAAGAUCUUAUUCAGUGAUCCGUAACCACCUGGUAGUGUGGGUAUCACAAAGAUCUUAUUCAGUGAUCCGUAACCACCUGGUAGUGUGGGUAUCACAAAGAUCUUAUUCAGUGAUCCGUAACCACCUGGUAGUGUCGGUCACAAAGAUCUUAUUCAGUGAUCCGUAACCACCUGGUAGUGUGGGUAUCACAAAGAUCUUAUUCAGUGAUCCAUAACCACCUGGUAGUUCAGUAUCACAAAGAGCUCAUAUGGGGAUCUGUUAAACCUUUACUUCAAAACCUGUAUUUAUGCAUUUUUUUAAGAUUGGCAGGUACAAAGAGAAUGACGAGUGCUGUAGUUUCACAAUUUAUUGUCUUACAUUACCACAAAUCAUUUUUAUUUAGUUUUCAGGAUUUUGAAAUUGUUGUUAAAUUGUGAUUAGUCUAAUCACCUUUCGAACAACUGGGCCCCAUGAAAAUCAUUCCACCACAAACCUAUUAUAAUGACUUAACUGUCUCUGGGGUAUGGCAUGAAAAGUUUGUGUUGUAUUUGAUAGGGAAUCAUAGUAUACAACUAUAAGUAUGGGUAUCCAUGAAGGGUUGUAUAAGUAUGGGUAUCCAUGAAGGGUUGUAUAAGUAUGGGGUUUCCAUGAAGGGUUGUAUAAGUAUGGGUAUCCAUGAAGGGUUGUAUAAGUAUGGGUUGUCCAUGAAGGGUUGUAUAAGUAUGGGGUUUCCAUGAAGGGUUGUAUAAGUAUGGGGUAUCCAUGAAGGGUUGUAUAAGUAUGGGUUGUCCAUGAAGGGUUGUAUAAGUAUGGGGUAUCCAUGAAGGGUUGUAUAAGUAUGGGGUAUCCAUGAAGGGUUGUAUAAGUAUGGGUUGUCCAUGAAGGGUUGUAUAAGUAUGGGGUUUCCAUGAAGGGUUGUAUAAGUAUGGGUUGUCCAUGAAGGGUUGUAUAAGUAUGGGGUUUCCAUGAAGGGUUGUAUAAGUAUGGGUUGUCCAUGAAGGGUUGUAUAAGUAUGGGGUAUCCAUGAAGGGUUGUAUAAGUAUGGGGUAUCCAUGAAGGGUUGUAUAAGUAUGGGGUAUCCAUGAAGGGUUGUAUAAGUAUGGGGUUUCCAUGAAGGGUUGUAUAAGUAUGGGUUGUCCAUGAAGGGUUGUAUAAGUAUGGGGUUUCCAUGAAGGGUUGUAUAAGUAUGGGUUGUCCAUGAAGGGUUGUAUAAGUAUGGGGUAUCCAUGAAGGGUUGUAUAAGUAUGGGUAUCCAUGAAGGGUUGUAUAAGUAUGGGGUAUCCAUGAAGGGUUGUAUAAGUAUGGGGUAUCCAUGAAGGGUUGUAUAAGUAUGGGGUAUCCAUGAAGGGUUGUAUAAGUAUGGGGUAUCCAUGAAGGGUUGUAUAAGUAUGGGGUAUCCAUGAAGGGUUGUAUAAGUAUGGGGUAUCCAUGAAGGGUUGUAUAAGUAUGGGGUAUCCAUGAAGGGUUGUAUAAGUAUGGGGUUUCCAUGAAGGGUUGUAUAAGUAUGGGUAUCCAUGAAGGGUUGUAUAAGUAUGGGGUUUCCAUGAAGGGUUGUAUAAGUAUGGGUUGUCCAUGAAGGGUUGUAUAAGUAUGGGGUAUCCAUGAAGGGUUGUAUAAGUAUGGGGUAUCCAUGAAGGGUUGUAUAAGUAUGGGGUUUCCAUGAAGGGUUGUAUAAGUAUGGGUUGUCCAUGAAGGGUUGUAUAAGUAUGGGGUUUCCAUGAAGGGUUGUAUAAGUAUGGGGUAUCCAUGAAGGGUUGUAUAAGUAUGGGGUAUCCAUGAAGGGUUGUAAUGUGUAACAAUCAAACCAUAGCAGUACCUGCUAAUAUUUCAUCUGAUACAUGUACAAUAUUUGUAGAACAACUUGUCUGCCUCCCCUGUAUGUUUGUUUGUUGUAAUAUGUAGACAGUUCUCAAUCUUUUACAUAGAUUUUCUUUGCUUAGCAAGAUUUUUAUUGUUGCUUACAUAUGCAUGGUUUUGAGUGACCAGUGUCCAGUUUGUUCAAUGGAAGAAUUAUGUAGAAGUUCAAGAAAUCACCAGUUGAGUACUAGAAUUAAGGAAAGAUUGAGCUUUGACCAACUGGACUCUGGUACAUAAUGUGUAUUUGACUUUUGAAUACACACUACUACCCAUAUGUAUGUACAUUUUUGUGAGUAAUAAAUUAAACUUUCAUUAGUUUUGA